AUGCAGCAAGUGUUCAUUUCAGAACAUACUCUCUCAUGUAUAAUAAUCUUUUUUGCAUUUACUUCAUUGGGGGGAACCAUUGAAGCUAAUACUAAAAAAGGAAUAUAUGUGUUCAAGUUGCACGGUCAGAUAUAUCAUUAUCUUCCUGACUUAUUACCUAAUGAUGAGCACCCUAAGUAUCUACAUAUGUAUUUUUAUGAUGCAGAGCACAAAAUCAUGAAUCGUACAUCUACUUUUCCAGAGGUGCAACAAGAAAUAGUUCAGCUUCUUAUGCAAAUAAUGGAGUGCAAUCCAUAUGCUCAGUUUUUUCGUUCACUAAGAGAAAUUUCUGUUGUGGAAAGCACUGAAAUUCAUUUGAACAGGAAUCCAGUUCUUGACCAGAGAGUCUACAAUGCGCCAACUGCAAAUGAGGUGGCUGUAAUAUGGUUAGAAGAAACAUCGUCUAGCCAAUAUAGUAGUCCUCAUAUAAUUUCUUAUGGUAGAACAAAUAGGGCUCAUAGAAUUAUGCACUACUAUGGGUGCUACGAUCCACUUCAAUACCCUCUUUUAUAUCCACAUGGAGACUGUGGAUGGCACGAGGGUCUAGAGAAAAUAGAUACAGCUGAUAGUGAGAUACACUUGCAACAAGAAGUUUGUCCGCUAGAGACAAUUGAUAGUGUGGAAGAUUUACUGGCUGAAGAAGAAGCAAAUGCAACUAAUGGCAAAAGGAAAAGAGUAAAGAAGAUUUCCUGUAAAGAAUAUUAUGCAUUUACGUUGCAAAUAAGGCAAGGAAACUAUUUGCUACGAGCUUCUCAAUUGUUUCAGCAGUAUAUAGUUGACAUGUAUGUUAAGCUAGAAAACACGAGACUUGAUUUUUUCCGUAGAAAUCAGGCUGCCAUUCGUGUAAGGACGGUUUGGAAAACCAGUCUGUUCAUAACUAUUACAUGUAAUCCUAACUGGUCGGAAAUCAAACAAGAACUUGCUCCUGGAGAGCUUGCUAAGAAUAGGCCUGAUUUAGUUGCAAGGAUUUUCCAUGCAAAACUAAUUGCACUUAAGAAGCAAAUCAUGGAGGAGAAAACUUUUGGGGAAGUUGCUGCACUAAUAUAUGUUGUUGAGUUCCAAAAACGUGGGCUUCCUCACGCUCAUAUUUUAUUAAUAUUGGCUCAUGGGUAUAAAAUUAAAGAUGCAGCUGCUUUUGAUAACUUUGUAACUACGGAGAUACCUUCAACAAAAAAUCCUCACUUAAGAGAAGUUGUAUUAUCCCACAUGAUGCAUGGUCCAUGUAUGAAACAUAUGGGUCGUAUUGGUGUGUGUAAGUAUGGAUAUCCAAAACCAUUUGUAACUAAGACAACUAGCCAUGAGGAUAGAUAUCCUAUGUAUAAAAGGCGCGAUACUGGAGAAACAGUAAUGAUUCGGAAGAAUCCUAUGGAUAAUAGAUGGGUCAUUCCAUAUAAUCCUCAUUUGUUAGCUCUCUUUGAUUGCCACGUGAAUGUUGAAGUGUGUUCUACAUUCCGAGCUGUAAAAUAUCUUUACAAAUAUGUGUACAAGGGGCAUGAUCAUAUUUCUUUCAAUGUUUCUUCUACAGAGAAUUCAAAACCCGGGGAUGAAAUAGAGAAAUUCCAAUCUGGACGGGGAGAUGAGAGUCUAGGCUCUAUUGUAAAUGAUAGCAAGAGGCACAAAACUUCUCUAACAGAAUCUUUUGCAAUGAAUAAUGCAGAUCCAAAUAGAACGCAAUAUUUGUAUCCAGAAUACUCAGAGCAUUAUGUUUGGACAGCAUCUGUGAAGACAUGGACUAAGUGGGGAGUAAAAUAA